AUUUUCACAAAUUAAGUUCACAAUCGAUAUUACAAGAUCCUAGAGAGGUUCAUAAUGGAACUAUAUAUUCGCGCAGUUAUUUAUUAAGCGAGACGAACGCGCCGUGUUCGCGUUCUUGUUGUACAAGGAAAGAAACGAGUCUCCUCUCGAUUCUUCAAGGACCGAGGAUCUUCGACGUCGCGAUCCGCGUAAAUACCGGAGACGUGGAAUCCUUACGUCGCGUAAUGAAACAUAUCAGCGAUGACGGUGCGCUGAUAAUAGUUUUAAGAGCGAACGCGGCGUCCUUCGGCAUCGGCUAAUGAAAUAUAUGCUCGUUAGACGCAGCUCGAAAAACGCAAAUAGGAAAAACCCUGAUUACAUCGACGGCCAGUCGUCAUUUGUCGUCGUAACUUCGGGGAACGUGUAUGUUCAUCACGUGCGUUACAAUUGCGAUAUACCGCGCGCGUUAAUCCGUGAAAACAAGGAUUUAUCGGAAGAGCCAAAGCAUGGCGGAGAUAUUCAGGUGGAACCGGUCUUUCGCGGCUCUUAAUUAAUUUGUCAUUAGUCGGCAAAGAGAGAUGGUGCGCAAUAAAAUUUAUCGGUGGCCGCGGCGGCAUCAUCUCUUCUUUUUGUCGCGAAGACGGCAGAUUAUGUCGAUUUUAAUAUUACAUAUACGUCUGCAAAAGCAAAACGCGCUCGCGUGCGUCAAAAAUGAUCAUUUGCGAUCAUUUUUUGAUGGUCGCGUGAAUAAGAAUCGUAUCGUUUUUUUAUUUCAGAUAAUAUUUAUCCUUAGAAAUCACGUAGAGUGUAAUCCAGUGUUAUAAACUAUAAUAAUGAGUUAUAUAAUCAGGAAAAUUCCUCGGUAGUGAAAUAUCAAUUGAAUACUGAUUACGUCCUAAAUAUAAAGUAUAAUAUUUCGUGGAGAUAUUUACUUUGAACAGAAUUACAGCGAUGUGUUAUAAUAGUUGCACUUGCUAUAAAUUAUUAUUAAAAGACGAAAAGCAUUUUUAUAGUUUCGGAUAUAUUAUAGUUCACGUUUCGGCCUCGAAUUAAUAUAAAUCGAUAAUUAAAGAAUUUUAGCGAAUAAAGCUUUAUUAAUUAUGGAUUUUGCGCUCGUUUUUGCUGAUAUUCAUUAAUAUUUCAGACUGAAAUGUACCAGUUCUCCUUGAUACACGCUGCUCCACAACUCUCCAAUAUCGUAACAUGUUACAACUUGUGCAUUAUAAUCAUGCCACCAUAAAUUCGUGGCAUUUAACGCAAUCAAAUCUGCUUCAAUUAUAAUUCAUGAAUAUUUAAAAUCUAUAAUCUCUGUUGCUAUAGAUUCGAGGCAUAUAACGCGAUCAUGUUGCAAGUAUGUAUAAUACGUGAUCGAGUAGAUUAACUCACUGCGGCACCAAUUACUGCGUUCUUAAUCGUGGCUUUGCGAUUGGCUAACUAAGAAAAUCUCGGUAUCCUCAAUUAACAUUUACUUUCAAAUCGCAAUCUCGAAACUGGUCUAAUUCUCUAAGCUCUGCAGAUCAUUAUUUCAUACAUCGUUCUUCGCGCUAAUUACAUGUAGAUGAGAUUUAUUUUUCUAAUUACUUUAUAAUUCGUACGAAUAUUGAUUUCCUCGUAUAUUUAUAACAUUCGCAGUUCCGUUUUGAAUUUGCUUCGAGCUAACGUAAGUUUAUCCUCGAUAAAUUGAAAUUAAAUCUCGGUAAUCACAUAACACACGCACACACACAUACGCAGAAGCAUCUACACGUUUACACACGUCGGUUAAAAUCCCACAUGGUGCGCAGGGCGAAAAUUAAUACGUGGCAGCCUCUGUAAUUAGCUCUCGUAUUUAUGCGUCUCUCGCAGGGCGGGCUGCGUUAACAUGGUAAUGGCGUUACAUCGUUGUAAACACGACAUGUUAUCUCGAACGAUACAUACCUGAAGGGCCUCGCAUCCGCCGAUCGCGAUUUCGGGAAGAGGACUGCGUUCUCUCGUGCUCUUUCGUGCUCUGCGAUCCGCCGCUCGUAUUCUGAAAUAAUUAUUAUAUGCUUCAUACAUUUAUUCAUCCUCAAAAUGUCGCUUUAAUAGUAGGAAAGAUAUCGGUUAGUAUAUUUUUUUUUUUCAUUAUUUUAAUUAGUAUUUUUGUUGCGGAAAGACGGUAUCUAUGUGUGCUCGACAUAAAUAUCUUGAGUUAUGUAGUGUCUUGUUAGCGAAUCAAAUCGCCGAAUUUAAAUGAAAAUAUUAUAUAAUUAUGUAUAUUUAUAAUAUAUAACGACGAGAGACAAAAAAUAUUCAAAGACUCGUCAAUUAGAGAGCUGGAAAUUAUGCGUCGCGUGUACGUUUCGCAGUGACAAGUGCGACGAUACGAGAAAAAGUGCGCAAAAUGUUGGCUCGCUACGUCAAACGAAAAGACAGUAGGUCGAGUUACAGGCCAAGACGGCUGACACCGAGGGAUUAAAGCACGUCGAAUGGAUGUGGGCGAUUUAUCGGGCUCGGCAGGAUUGAUAGGGAGCGGAUCCAUCUCGGUUGCGACGGGUGUUGGUAUUAUCGCCAACACGACUUCCGCCACCCCAGAGUGGUGGACGCCUACGUCGACAAUCACCUCGGCAGCGGCCAACACUGACGUGAUGAAUCAGCUCUGCAGAGUUUGCGGAGAGCCGGCCGCGGGUUUUCACUUCGGAGCCUUCACGUGCGAAGGCUGCAAGUCCUUCUUCGGGCGCACCUAUAACAAUCUGGGCAGCAUAUCCGAAUGCAAGAACGGCGGCGUCUGCGUGAUCAACAAGAAGAAUCGUACCGCCUGCAAGGCGUGUCGCUUACGGAAGUGUCUGAUGGUGGGCAUGUCUAAGUCCGGCUCACGUUACGGCCGGCGCUCCAAUUGGUUCAAGAUACACUGUCUGUUGCAAGAGCAGUCUCACCAGGCGCAAAACCGUCUGAUCAAGGACCCAAAGUCCGCGUACGAGAAAGCCUUCGGCUCGUUGGACGCUGCGAACAACAACAACAACAAUAACAACAACACCGAAAACGUGAGUAACACCAGCGCCAGCAGCAUCGUCGGGAUUGUCACCACGGCGACUACCACGGCGAACAGUUACCAUCACCAUUUGCACCACCAUCAUCACCCGGACCGGUUGCCCAAGAGGGAGGACGGCGCCCUCAGGCCGCCGGAUAUGCCGGUACAACUGAGAUCGCCGGAAAUUCCACCGAGGCCUAAUCAGGACGCGAUUCUUAGGCCCGGCGAUCUACCCAGAGCUUCGCACGAGAUGCUCAGGCCUGAGGUCUCGAGGUUUCCCAUGUGGCGAGGUCCGCCGUUGUUCCAUCCGGCUCUCACCCACAUGCAGCUGCUGAACACGCCGUUCUUUCCCUUCCAGCAAGCACGCUUCAUGGUACCUUACAUGAAUCAAAUAAGCCCGCCGCAGAUGGUGGCAAGCCUGUCGACCUCGUCCAGCGAGAACAUCAGUCCGCGUUCGACCCCGUCGCCGACGAAGAGGAAUGAAGAAAAUCAAGAGUGUCGCGAAAUCGACCGCGAUGCCAGCCAACGAGAUCGAUGUCUGAGGAGAGGCUCGACGGAGAUCGCGUAUGACAAGAGCCUGGCGUUUCUGCGAUCCCUCGGACCGGAGCAGGAAGAGCCGAUGGACCUCAGUAUGAAGGACACGCAGACGGAUGUGCUCGAGAUGGAUGCUGGUAGUAUGGAAGAGGAAGAAGAGGAGAAGUCGAGCGACAGCGAAGACAACGAGCUUCUGCAGGACACAGGACCGCCCCUGGAUCUCACACGGAAGACAUGACCUCGGAUAUCAGACGGUGCUCAAUAGGUGCUCAAUAGAAAUUUGGUUCGAUCGCGAAGAAUUGUCGUCGAUGUCGAUAUGUCGGAGUUAAAAAAUAACGACGCAACGCUUGAUCGGCAUUGAUGCUUGCUGAUGAAGAAACGGAAAUUCUGGUAAAUCGAAGCUUGCCGGCGAAAGGGAAGGAAUAAACGCUUAGAGGAAGAAACGAAGACGGGUGGGAAAAUAACGAAGAAGACGAAGAAGGUAAAGAAAGGUGAGGCGAGGUGAAGAAGAGAAUGGAGAAGAACGCGCGAGGUGCGGAGGGAGAGUGAGAGAAGGUACAGUUACAUCGUAAUAACGUGGCGAGCGAGAAGCACGGCCAAGUGUCAAAGGUGCCUUGGCACAAGAAACGAGAAGACGAUCCAGUCGGGUGGGGAAGAAAAGUAGCCGAAUACGAUUACGUUGGAACGACACGAGGGAAAAGCGGGAGAAGAGGAGAGGGAGAGAGCGCGCGGUCGGCCUACAUGCCGAAGAACAAGAAGUUGGUGGCCGCGCGCGCGUAGCCAGCCGGCAUAAACGGCGGAAUGAUCGGUAAUCGCCCGAUCGAUGAAAAUUGCUCAAGCCGCUCGGUAUUAGUCCCUUUUGCCCAGCCGUAUCCCGGCGGCAGGUGCACGUCGACGGAGCACGAGUCGAGGACGAGACUUGUGACACGUCGAAAUAGACGAUUGUGCCUUACAAGCAAUGCCUUCUUUACAAGCGCGCCGAUAAAAAAACGGUGCUAGUUUAACGCGAUAAAAAAAAAAUAUAUAUAUAUAUAUAACUGUUCGCUGUGUAUAGCGUGACGCCACGCUCGGCGAUGGCCAGUGAGUGCUUCGUGCGUGUUAUUGCGUCCAUGAAUCGAUCAUUCGGCAGUGUUCGAGGCCCGAACUUUGCUGUUCGAGCGACAUACGCGCUCGUUCGCUAAAAGAAAAUUGGCGAAAUGAGUUCGAUGCGAUGAAUCGAACAAGAUCGCUUUGGGCACCGAAUAGAGAGAUUGUGAUUCUACGCGUGAAUUUCAAGUACUCUUAACGUAACUUAACGUAAUAUUUUUGGAAAGUCUCUGUUUUUUUCGAAUAAACACCCCAAGCGCGGUAGAGCUAUUCCGAAAAACGCCUUGAUCGUGCCGAUCGUCAAUUGCGCUCAAGUACAAAAAGAAAAAAGAUUGAAGAAAGAGAUGCAGAUAGAAGAUGCGGCAGCCACGACUUCUCGGGCGUCGUUUAAAUGUCCGAGAGUCGAGAGUGUGCGACGUGAAAUAAAGAAUAUUAUAUAUACCUGAA